GAAGAAGUGGGGGGAAAUUCAGGAAAAGGUAUCUGUGGUGUAAUUAUGUUUGAUUUCUUAAUUUUAUGUCAAUCUUUCAAGAUCAAGCCUCUUAAAUGUUCUAUAAUCUAAAACCUCUUGACAGGAAAAAGGAGGUGGUGAGACAGAUGCAGGCUCAUCAUUUGCAAACCCCCGGAGGAUGCUGUUUCUCCAUCAGCACAUCGUCCUUUCUUCACAGCAUGGGGACAAUCUCACAGUGUCUGUUUCACAUCAAAGAGGACGGCCCUGAAACGGUGACAGUGAUGAAUGCAGAGAAAACAUGCUCGCGCUCAGCCUGUCGCCUCACCUUUUCACAGCGCGCGGUGAACGGAAGAUAAGACAACCAACCGGUGUGACAAUGCUCAGCCGGUGCCUCAAACGUAUUCACAGAGCGCCCCCUGUCGGAGGAAACGAGAGCUAGAGACAUCAAGGAGCCUCGAAGAGGAAAAAAACAUGGAAGAUGAGAAGAAGAGGAAGCUGAAGGAGAAAUUUGGCCUGAGGCGGGACAUCUUUAAGGAGUUCCUAGCGGAAUUUCUGGGAAUAUUCGUCCUCAUCCUCUUCGGAUGUGGUUCAGUGGCCCAGACGGUGCUGAGUAAAGGGGGUCUUGGGGAGCCUUUGACCAUCCACAUAGGUUUCACUCUGGGCGUCAUGAUGGCCGUCUACAUGGCAGGGGGAGUGUCAGGAGCUCACGUGAACCCUGCAGUGUCUCUGGCCAUGGUGAUCCUAGGGAAGCUGUCUCUGAAGAAAUUCCCCAUCUAUGUGCUGGCCCAGUUCCUGGGGGCUUUUGCUGGAUCUUGUGCUGUCUAUGGGCUUUAUUAUGAUGCUUUAAUGGAAUUUACCGAUGGACAGUACAUUGUUAUGGGUACAAAUGCUACAGCCGGCAUAUUUGCAUCUUAUCCAGCAAAACACCUCUCAGUGCUAAAUGGAUUUGUUGAUCAGGUAAUUGCGACUGGUGCGUUGAUUCUGUGCAUCCUGGCCAUCACUGACAAGAGGAACAUUGGGGCUCCUAAAGGCGUGGAGCCGCUGUGCAUUGGCCUGAUCAUCAUGGCCAUUGGAGUGUCCAUGGGUCUAAACUGUGGUUAUCCCAUCAACCCAGCACGAGACCUGGGCCCACGGUUCUUCACAGCUGUGGCCGGGUGGGGCAUGGAAGUAUUCAGUGCUGGAGGCUGUUGGUGGUGGAUCCCUGUGGCAGGACCCAUGGUAGGCGGUGCAGUUGGAGCCGGCAUCUAUUUUCUCUUCAUAGAGCUACAUCACACUGAGCCUGAAAAACAGGAGGAGAACAACGUCCAAGACAAAUAUGAAAUGGUAACAGUAAGUUAAAUGUCAGGUUUAAGGUUGCUAGCAAAGCAACUUUUCUUAUCUUAUAACUUACACUCAGAAAGCUAAAAUGUUCAUCAGGUGAAACAUUUUUAUACAUUUAUACAACAUUCCUGGGAAAACAAAGCAUGCAUUUGACAUUUUUCAACUAUGCAUGAAUGUUUCAUAAAGCCUUUAAAAUCGCUUUCAAUAAAAAAUGUGUUUUGUGAGGUUUCUGGUCGAACUGACAGGGCUCUUUCAUGAAUCAACAUAUUAGACUUGCUUGUUGAGACUUAUUCUCUUGAGACAUCAAACUUUUCUUCUAUUCGAUAUCACACAUUUUUAAGGAGCCACUGCUCCAUUACAGCCGUAUAGAAUUCUUUUAGGUGUCAGAAUCAUCUCCACAUUAGAAAUAAUUGCCAAGCUUCUCUAAUGUAUGGUUGUUUAUAACAGAUGCAUGUAGCACUUAGAAAACCGAGGAGUUCAUAUGAAAGUGUAGUCAUUUUGUUAUUUUUAGCUUUGUGUUACAGAGUUGAUGAAUGUUGACUAACUUCGUUUUGCAUGUAUGUUAAAGACUUAUUUGGGAUUGAUUGUGUUAUCUUAUUGUGUUGUAGCUUUUAUUACACUUUUAUUUAGCAAACCCAGCCUUAAAAUGAUCAUACUCACAUUACUGACAUUUUCUAGUGGGUUGACACACAAACUUUUGCUUUAUUCCUAAAAAACAGAUAUACCACCAGAUUUACCAUUUUUACAUUUGUGUAAACCCUCUUUAAGAGAUUAAAUGCACUGCAUACAAAGUUAUUGUGAAAGAGCACAAGGGUUGCACAAUGCAUCAGAAAACAAGACAAUCACUUUUUUAAUGUGCUUUUGUCACACAGAAGAAGUUGAGUCAGUGGGACAGCGUCAAAGAUUUUUCUUAAGUGUCCACAAUGAAACAUGCAAUCUUGUCCUGUCAUGAACUAAUCUCUUUUUCUGUUUUUUUUUCUUGUUGUUGAUUAUUUCCAGUUGCUUUUCUAAGGUAGUUUGUUAACAUUAUUUUCUCAAGUAUUACAUGUCUGAAUAAGCUAUUUUUGUUUUACAUUAUUACAUUAUCUACUGAGUAAAGGUUGAUUAUAUGAUUUGUUUGUUCACACUUGACAUGUAGGUUUUCAAAACAAAAAGUGUUGUUAGUAGAGUUUUUGUGAUACACAAAUGAAACAAUAUGCAACGAUGAUGC